AUGUCGGCGUCAGGAUCCGGAGAGCCCAGCGCUGCGUCGGGGUCGGCGAGCUCCAUGAAGAAGGCAUUCCCUCGUGUUGACCUGCAGGGCAAUGACCUGCCACCUUCGCCCGCUCCGUCCAGCCCACACGCCGGCCGCCGGUAUAACAUUGCCACCGAGUUGGUUUUUACCGAAGGCAGUGAUCAGUACAAUGCCAGCAGUGUGCCAAUCUAUCAGAGCGCUACCUUCAAGCAGACCUCCGGCGGCGGCGGCGGAGAGUAUGACUACACUCGCUCCGGCAACCCAACCCGCACCCAUCUCGAGCGACACCUGGCGAAGAUCAUGUCCGCACAGCGUGCGCUCGUCGUGUCAUCCGGCAUGGCUGCAUUGGAUGUGAUCACUCGCCUCCUGCGGCCCGGAGACGAGGUGGUGACCGGCGACGAUCUCUACGGCGGCUCCCACCGACUGCUGAAGUUCCUCUCAACCAACGGCGGCAUCGUCGUGCACCACGUCGAUACCACCCGGCCGGAGAAGGUGGUUGAGGUGCUGAGCGAGAAGACCGCCAUGGUCCUGCUCGAGACCCCUACAAACCCGCUAAUCAAGGUUGUCGACAUUGGCAAGAUCGCCACACUCGCCCACGAAGCGAAUCCCAAUUGCUUGGUUUCAGUCGAUAACACCAUGAUGUCGCCCCUGCUGCUGAACCCCCUCGACCUGGGCGCGGAUAUCGUUUACGAGAGUGGCACCAAAUACCUGUCCGGCCACCAUGACCUGAUGGCCGGUGUGCUCGCGGUGAACGACCUCGCGCUCGGCGAGCGCCUGUACUUCCCGAUCAAUGCCUCAGGCUGCGGCCUGUCGCCGUUUGACUCAUGGCUGCUGAUGCGCGGCGUGAAGACGCUGAAGGUACGCAUGGACCAGCAGCAAAGCAACGCGCAGCGCAUCGCCGAGUUCCUCGAGUCGCACGGAUUCAAGGUGCGGUACCCGGGCCUGCGGUCGCACCCGCAAUAUGAGCUGCACAACUCGAUGGCGCGGGGCGCCGGAGCGGUGCUCUCAUUCGAGACGGGCGACGUGAACGUCAGCGAGCGUAUUGUCGAGAGCGCGAAAAUCUGGGCUAUUAGCGUGAGCUUCGGCUGUGUUAACAGUUUGAUCAGUAUGCCUUGCCGCAUGAGCCAUGCCAGCAUUGACGCGAAGACGCGGGCGGAACGCGCUAUGCCGGAGGAUCUGAUCCGCCUGUGUGUGGGCAUUGAGGACGUCGACGACUUGAUUGAUGACCUGCAGCGAGCGCUCGUGCAGGCGGGUGCGGUGAACGUCACAUUGGAUGGCUUCGUGGCGCGUGAGGUUGAUACAUCUGCGUAG